GCUCAGCUGACCCGCAGGAGCAGCAGCAGCAGCAGCAGACACUCAGAGCCUCCAUAACGCAGCCGUGGUGCACUCGGUGCAGUGUGUUAUGCUUCCCAAGCGGCAGAGGUGAGUGCAUGGUGUUGGCUGAUGGCGGCUGAAGCCCAGCCCCGACCCCCUCAGGCCCGGAAACCCGUCCUGAUCAGCAGGAUCGACUCUUUCCAGGACGUAGUGAACACCGCAGUGAUCAUCCCUAAAGAGGACGGAGUGAUCAGCGUCUCGCAGGACAGGACGGUGCGUGUUUGGCUGAAGAGAGACAGUGGACAGUACUGGCCCAGCAUCUACCACACCAUGCCUGCUUCCUGUUCGUGCAUGUCUUUUAACCCCGAGACCCGAAGGCUUUCAAUCGGAAUGGACAAUGGAGUCGUUUCUGAGUUCAUCGUGUCUGAGGACUACAAUAAGAUGACUCCGGCUCGCUCCUAUCAGGCUCAUCAGGGAGCAGUGACCGUAGUGUUGUUCGUGUUGGAGAUGGAGUGGAUCCUGAGCACAGGUCAAGAUAAGAGCUUCACCUGGCAUUGCUCAGAGAGCGGCCAUCAGUUAGGGACCUACAGGACCGCUGCGUGGGUAACGGGACUUCAGUUUGAUGUGGAGACCAGACACGCAUUUGUAGGGGAUCAUUCAGGUCAGGUGACCAUUCUGAAACUGGAACAAGACAACUGCAGUCUGGUCACCACCUUCAAAGGCCAUACGGGCAACGUAACAGCCUUGUGUUGGGACCCUGUCCAGAGGGUGUUAUUUUCUGGAAGUUCAGAUCAUUCCAUCAUUAUGUGGGACAUCGGGGGUCGUAAAGGCACAGCCAUCGAACUGCAGGGACACAAUGACAAGGUACAAGGGCUGUGCUACGCGCCACACACUCGUCAGCUUAUUUCUUGCGGCGCUGAUGGCGGGAUUGUCGUAUGGAACAUGGACGUCACACGACAAGAGACUCCUGAAUGGCUGGACAGCGACUCUUGUCAGAAAUGCGAGCAGCCGUUCUUCUGGAACUUCAAGCAGAUGUGGGACAGCAAAAAGAUCGGCCUGCGCCAGCAUCACUGCAGGAAGUGCGGCCAGGCCGUGUGCGGCAAGUGCUCCUCCCAGCGCUCCACCAUCCCUCUGAUGGGCUUCGAGUUCGAGGUGCGAGUGUGUGACGAAUGCCACAAAUCCAUCACUGAUGAAGAGCGAGCGCCCACAGCAACAUUCCAUGACAGCAAACACACCAUUGUGUAUGUUCACUACGAGCCGACCAGGAGCUGGCUGCUGACCUCCGGGACGGACAGGGUCAUCAAGCUAUGGGACAUGACUCCUGUUGUAUCCUGAAGAUCACUACAGAGGAUGUACACCUCGGAGAAAUGAUAACCAUGAGGAUGUCCAGCGCUGGCAGAGAGGGUGGAGGGUUGUGUGUGUGGGUGUGUGUGUGUGUGUGUGUGUGUGUGUGUGUGGGUGUGUGUGAGAACAGGUGCAGUCACGUUCCAGUGCGCCUCAUCGUGCUGUGUAAAUACUUAACAAGUAAAUAGUCUUGUACCAUUUGUGAACAUUACAACGCACUUUCAGAUUGUACUGUUUCGAAACACGUUUUCAAAGAAAAUGCUUGUGUUUGUGUGUCUUUACACGUGGAGACAAAAAAAAAUCAACAAAUAAAAGAGCAAAUUGAUUAUA